UGAUAUUUUCAUAAAUCAAACAGUGAACUUCUCUCAGUAAAGAAAAAAAAAAUGUGUGCAGUAUGAAAAUUACGAGUAAACUGUAAAUUAUUAUGAAAGUUGACUUUAAACUGUAUAUUUAAGCAUUUUGGCUAUGGUGUUCCAAAAUAUUCUUAAAACCCAGACCAUAUCAUAUCAUUCAAGGAUUCAUAUUAGUUGAUUGUUCAUUGAUUAGACUAUGGAACAAUUCAGUCCUACUAGAGGAUCAAAAGUUAUAUACUCCGUCGAAGAAGAUAUACCGAUAUUGCGAUAUCGGAAUCUCGAAUCAAAUCAACCUCACCAUAAUAUAAACUCAUCAAAUACAACUCGAAAACAUUAUGAAAACAAUACUUAUAUAGAUUGGAGUCGAGAGACAAUACUAACACCCAAUAAUUCAGUAUUCAUCACUAAGAAAUGGGUGGUGGUGAUUCUUCUGUCGAUCUUAAUUGGCUAUAUAACUACAUUUAUAGAUUUAACUUCAGUCUGGCUUAAUGAUUUGAAGAAAGGGUUAUGUUUCAGUAAGAUUGAUAAAUGGUCAUUAUUAAAUCCUUAUCGAACUUGUCCCGUCGAUGAUUGGUAUAAUUGGUCUCGUAUAUUCUUCCAUUCCACUAGUGUGGUAACUAAUAUCUUUGUUAAUUUUCCUAUUUAUAUUACAUUUGCAAUCAUUUGGACCUUAAUUGCUGCUUAUAUCACCAUUGGAAAGGAUCCAUUGAUUAAACAAUCCGGUAUUCCUGAAAUUAAAUUAAUCAUAUCUGGAUUUAAUUAUAAAUUAUCGGAGUAUCUUGGAUUAAGAACUUUAAUGUAUAAAACGUUUGGAUUAAUCUUAGUGGUUAGUUCAGGUUUAUGGUUAGGUAAAGAAGGUCCUUUGGUUCAUGUAUCAUGUUGUAUUUUAAAUAUCUUAUUCGGAUUCUUCUUUAAAGAUUAUUAUGAAAAUGAAGCUGUUAGAAGAGAAUUAUUAACAGCUGCAACCGCCACUGGGAUUUCAGUCGCAUUCAAUGCUCCUAUCGGUGGUGUAUUAUUCGUGUUAGAAAGUAUGCCAUCAUUCUUCAUGCCCACUAAGAUCAUGUGGAACUCAUUUGUCAUUGCUACUAUUGCCGUUAUUGUCGUUACUGGAUUUAAAGUUUUCACUGAAGGAACAAAUUUUGUGGAACAAGAUUUAUUUCUGGUGGAAUUUGGGAAUUUUAGUUGGUUAUUCUUAGAAAUCAUUCCUUUUAUUAUCUUAGGGGCUUUGGGUGGUGUUUAUGGAUAUUUAUUCACUAGUUUAAAUGCCAAAUUCUCUACUUCAUCAUUUAGAAGAAAUUUACAAUUGAAUUUAAGUAAAUUAUUCGGAGCUCCACCUGAAACUGGAAAAUAUUUGGAAAUAUUAUUGGUCUUAAUAAUCACAUCAUUAUUAAAUUUCCCAUUUGAAUUAACCAAAUUACCACUUAAUGCCUAUUUGAAAUUAUUAUUCACAGCUUGUGAUACAGGAGCAACUUCAAAUAACUUCAUUUGUCGUACUUCAAACUUGGUGACAAUUUUAAAAUUAUCAUUCAUUUUAAUCGAAGGGUUUCUAUUAUCAUGUUAUACUUUUGGAACUGAAUUACCUGGAGGUAUAUUAACUCCAUCAUUAGUAUUAGGUGCCACUACCGGUAGAUUAUUAGGUAUAAUAUCUCAGGCUUUACAAACUAAAUUCAAUUGGGAUUCAUUAGCAACAUGUACAGCUAAAUCAUGUCUUGUUUCACCUUCAUCAUAUGCCGUAAUCGGAGCAGCAGCAUUCAUGGCUGGUGUUACUAAGUUUACCAUGUGUGUUGUGGUUAUAAUCUUUGAAUUGACGGGUGCAGUAAGUUAUGUUUUACCCAUUAUGUUAGCUGUUAUGGUACUGAAGUUUGUUAAUGAUUGGUUAAUCAAUGAUAAUAUUUAUGAUACUUUAGUAAGUUUCACCAUUAAUCGAGAAGGUGCUUCUGGAAAUGAUCCAAAUCAAGGUAAAGGUCCUGGUUUAGUAAAUUUCAGUGAAUUAACUACUAUUAUAAAGAAUAAAUUACCUGAUGUUCCAGUCAAAUCAUUAAUGGUCCCUGUCAAUAAAACCAAAUGUAUUUGCUUAGUUCCAGAAGUGCAUUAUACUGUGAAUACAUUAUAUGAAUUUACCAAUGACGAUGUUCAUGAAGGAUAUCCUGUAAUUCUUAGUUAUGGGAAUCCAGUUGGAUUAGGAUAUGUAAAUAAACAAGAGUUAUUGGCCAAACUUGCCACUAUAGAAGAUACAAACUCCUACAUCAGUUUUCAAAUUAAUGAUUUGCCUAAUGUUGCAUUAUCUCAACAAUUACAUUAUGAAAGAUCAAUCAGUUCAAAUUUAUUACAAGUUGAUCUUACCGUUGAAAAAUCAAUAAUCAUCUUUAAUGAAUUAACUACCGCUAUAUUAUUAAUUGAAACAUUUGAAAAAAUGCAUUUAAACUAUCUCAUCAUUAUGGAUAGUAAUAAUCGUCAAGUUAUGAGUGGAUUCAUCGAUAGGUUUAUAGUUGCAGAAUUAAUCCAUCUGAAAUUUGCUAAAUUACAAGAUGAAUGGAAUGAAAUCUUUCAAGCUAAUGAAUUUGAUUUAGAGAAUCUUGGAGAACGUGAAUCUGAUGACUUACUAAACAUGAGACGUAACAGGUUAAGUAUAGAAUUAGUUAGUUAGUUAGCUAUUUAAUUAUAAGCUACAUUUGCAUUAUAAAGUCAUUUUGCAGUAAAUUUGGACGCGUUGAAAUUUUUUUUUGUUUACAAAAUUUGAGAUUUGGUUUUGUGUAGAAG